AUGUUACUCGACGAGAGCCGGUCGCGGCCCUUAUCGUCCUACCCUCCUUCAUCUGCGGCAUUUAUCACUUUCAAGGACGCCAGGACCGCUCGGCUUGCAUCGAAGAUCUUGGACAGUCACCCAAAACGAUCAUUAGCUUGUCACACUGCCCCAGCACCCGAUUGGACUGAUAUUUUAUGGCCACGGCUUGGGAAAAACACCUAUCGAUCUGAGUUCAUACGAGGCUGGGCUGUCUAUCUGGGCGUAUGGGCGUUCACUUUGGUCUGGGCCUUUCUGAACGCGCAUCCCAAAGCAGCAUCUGCAAUCACAUCACUAGCACCGGUCAUUCUGGUCGCGUUGCUGACCAUUGCAAUUUUGAUGGUCAAUGGCGUGGUAUUCUUUGCGCCCACUGCGGCGCCCUAUUUUGCAUCGUAUAUUCUACUCCAAGUUGCUAUCCAACCAUUUUUCGAAAUCUUCCGCUUUGGGAGUUUCGGUUAUCCCGAGACAAAGGUUUUCUCGUACCGAACAUCAUUUUUCGCAAGUUCCGCAACAACCCCUUUGGUCAUUCCCUUUAUCGUGUGGAAACGGCAAUUCACCUACGUGUAUGGAAGACUCUACGAAACCAAUGGCAGAAGGACGAGCAUCAGAGUUUUGCGGUAUAGCUUAGAUGCACUUGCUUCUGAUGUCAGUAUUACACGCGCUCUGAAGCAACGUUUCAAAAGUUUGGCUAUCCAAGAAGCAGAUAUAUUGUGCCCACAUCUGGCGGUCUCAGGUGAAGACGAUGUCGAUACCGCUUCCGAGUAUUCAGAAGGAAACGAUGCCGCAGAUGAUUUUGAUCAGACAGAUUUCAAAGAGAGCAGCCGUAUCAAUACCCUGCGUCGCAGUGUUGGUCGAUGGGCAGGUAGCUGGAAGAAAACUGCUAUUGGUCGAAAACCGAUACCUUUCGAUCAUGUCCUAUUUUCGACGCUCGAUACAAAAAUCUCUUUCGACCAGCCUGAUGCUAACGGCAAUGGUGUAGCAUCUCUUCAAGAAACUCGACCACCCAACGGCAAGAUCGAAGCACCAGAUAUCGUCACAACCCAUCCGCCCUUGCAACCUUGGGAAGAUAUACCUCCUUACAACAGAUCUCGAGGCUACAACGACCAACCCACGUAUACCGAUGAUUAUGACGACUUCCUAUGGCUUCCACGUGACCCGCUCUCCACGUUAGAUCUCGACGACACUGUCGAAAUGCGCGUCACUCUGACGACUUCUGCGGGAGGUUCGGGUCAUAUCAGCGAUGUGUCACCCGAAUUUGACGAGAUGACGGUUCGUACCAAGAACGAACGGGAUGUUUGGCAAGGCGUCGUUGGCGAAGGAUCAGAGUCUGGACCCCCGGUGUCUCCUGGAGCUACUAGCGAAACUAGGUUGGUCUCUAUGGGCUCGCAGAUAGGUAGUGAGGUCAAUGAUACAUUUUCCGGCUCACACCUCCUUCGUCGACAUACGCGUAAGGCCGCCACCAGUCUCUCACAGGUCUUCAAAAGACCUCGAACGGAAUCGUCUUCGUCCGAGACGGGAAUUUCACUGCACACGAUAUCGGGAGCCGCUAGCCCCUCACCGCUUGUCAGCCCCGUCCAUGCGGAAAUCGAAAGCGAAUUCCUCACGCUGGCUCGGACAUCCACACCGAGCGCCAUGUCGAAUCAUCAAGUUCAAGAACCUAACCAAGAUCACGAGGCCGUACGAGAAGCUCCUACUCCUUCACACAUAUCUUUCGCCGCGACGCUAGGACGUUCACCCUCGGGUCGACGGCCUGCACGAUUGCGAUCUGGUAGCAGCAAUAUGGGUGAGGAAUACAUUCACUCACCCGGCAGACUCCAUCUAUCUCCUCAAAGAAGCCGCACAGGCAGUGCCAUGUCUGCGCAACAGCAACAGUUGUUAUAUGAAGUUAUCCAAGAAGAAAAUCUGCUCUCGAAAGCAGAACAGAAAGAACAACAGGCAAACCAAGAGAAAGAUUUGGAAGAGUUGGAAAAGGAAAAAAGGAGGGCGAGCGAGAAUGUUGAAGGAGGUCUACGGAGAAGAUUGACUAGAGGUAACAGCGACAAUGCCAGGCCGCGAUUAGAUAUUAGACGAGAAUCCGAAAGAUCUAGAGAUGAAGCUGUUCCAAUGGCAGAAGCCUCAUCCUAA